UGUUGUCCCGACUUGCGAUGGUUCUGCUCGGAUUGGAGAUCUGCCACACGGGAUUGGCCCAGCUCCUAGAUGCGAAGUGCCAUGACGCAGUGGACCCAAUAAGUGGCACUCCGUGGAUCGCCAGCAUAUACCAUAACGAUGAGUUUAUCUGCCAUGGAACGCUCAUCCACAAACUUUUCGUGGUAACGGCUACGAGUUGUAUUGGAAAAAGAACAAGUUUAAUCGUGCGUUUUGGAGAGUACGAUAAGUCCUGCACUCCAUCGAACUGCGAUACCGUCGAGCAGUACGGAGUUUCAAGGGGUAUUAAGAAGCUCGGUUUUGAUUCCAAAACACGCGCAAACGAUUUAUUUUUACUAAGACUCUUCGGGGAAGUGGAGUACAAUGCCCACAUCCGGCCAAUCUGCAUAAUCUUCGAUGACGUCGUUAGUUCUGCAACAAUUCAAAGAUUUAAAGCUUUCGGUUUGCGUCCACCAAGCAAAGAGCUGCAGACCAUACAUCUAUUUCAAAAGGUAUUUACCGAAUGCCAAAGAAAUGGAAUGAUAUUGCAGAGCAACCAGACCUGCGCGGGCCCAAUAUUUAGAGACAACUGUCAGGGAUACAAUGGGGGUCCCCUGACGGCAGAUUACAUUUACGGCGGAGAAACCCUCAGCGUACUCUUCGGGAUUGUAUCCCACGGCAGGCUGUUGGGCACUCCGGCUAGCAUCUACACAGAUGUGACUGCCUUCAAGGACUGGAUAUUCAAUAAUGUGCGAAAUUCCGAAUACAAAGCGAUUCGGGUUUUCAACGAGGAGUGCAGAACCAAUUGGACCUACGAUGUUCAUGUUCGCCUGUGGGAGGUGUCUCUGAAUCAGAAUACUUUCGCUGGAGCGCUAGUAACAAACCAACUCGUCGUGACUGUGGCCACUGCAUUCCUCAGAGAGCCAUAUCUAAUACAGGUGAACACCAAAUUUCAGCAGUAUCUGGAUGUGGUGUCAGUUCACCGGCAUCCACAAUUUGCAUACUCAUCGGAAUCAAUUCAGAACAACAUUGCUCUGCUUAAACUAUCUGAGAAAGUGCGAGAUUUGGUAAAACCUAUCUGCAUUGCCAUGAACCCGAAGCCACCAAGAAACUUGACGGCACUUUCACCUGUGGACCAGCAGGGUUUUGUUGGCGUUAAAAAAGUACAUUUAGUCCCCGUUGACAACUCGCUUUGCUCCCAAAGGAUUGGAAUGAGAGUUGGAUCUAACCAAUUUUGUGUUGAAAAACCCAGCGAUCUCAACAUUCAGCCUCCUGGUUCAAUAGUAGGUACAUUUCAAAAUAUCCGCGGCGUCAAUAGGUACGUUCUGAUCGGCAUAAUUAGCUUAUAUAAAAACGGCGUGUUCGUCCUUACAAAUAUUCAAAGUCACGCGUAUUGGAUAAUGGAUACAAGUAAUAAUUUAAGCGUUUAAUUAUCUAAAAUGCCAAGCGUUCACUUAAUGUAGAGUUAAAAAAAAACUAAACAAUAACUAGAAAAUAUGUGUAGUUUGCAUGUGGUAAUCAACAAGUGAGUGACUAUUGGGCGAUUUCAUUACAAAUAUGUAAAAGUUUAAUGCCCUACUUCGAUUGUUCCAAUAAAUUGACUGCCAAUUUA